AUGGACUCCUUCCCUACUUUUUGGGAGAGGAAAUUUAUAAGCUUCGAGACAUGCUAUGCAAGUUGGCUUCAGCAUACGGGGCCCUUAAAAGAGCCAUUUUGGCACAUGGAACAGUUUAUUAAGAACUACUUGAUUCAGACGCCUUGGUAUGGUUUCAUAAGGGACUACGUUUUCUUUUUGUUCUGCUAUAGAACACUCACUUGGAUAUGGCGUAACGUUUGCGGGUACGGCAUCUUGAAGUCUCUUGACAUGGCCAUCAACCAUUUUUCAAGAUCGCUAUUCCAAUACCUCCUAAACUCACGUUUUGUAAAACCGAGUGUCGAUAAGGAAGUGAGUAAAACUAUUGCGGGUAUUGAGGAGAGUCUCAUUAAGAAUGACAAAUUAUUGAGAGAUUUUGACGAAUUGCCCAAGGCGGGCUUAUCGGAUGAGGCUGUAUUGGAGGAACUAGAUAAGUCGCAGGCGGUCCUUGCACACUCUGACUGGGAAAACGGUAAGGUAUCAGGCGCGGUGUACCAUGGUGGGGUAGAUUUGAUCCACUUGCAGAGCCAGGCCUUUGAAAAGUAUUGUGUUGCAAAUCAACUGCAUCCAGAUGUCUUCCCUGCAGUGAGAAAAAUGGAGUCUGAAGUUGUUUCUAUGGUUUUGAACAUGUUCAAUGCCCCUAAUGACACUGGAUGCGGCACUACCACAUCUGGUGGAACUGAGUCCUUACUUUUGGCCUGUUUAAGUGCUAAAAUGUAUGCCCAGCAUUAUCGGGGUAUUAAGGAGCCUGAGAUAAUUGCUCCUGUUACAGCUCAUGCAGGUUUUGACAAAGCUGCUUAUUACUUUGGCAUUAAGCUGCAUCAUGUUGAACUCGAGCCUAAAACCUUCAAGGUUGAUCUCAACAAGGUCAGCAGAUUGAUUAACAAAAACACAGUACUACUCGUGGGCUCCGCUCCCAAUUUCCCGCACGGCAUUAUUGAUGAUAUCGAAGGAUUGGGCAAGUUGGCACAGCAUUACUCUAUUCCUCUACAUGUAGACUGUUGCUUGGGCUCAUUUUUGGUGGCUUUCAUGGAGAAGGCAGGGUUUAAUGACGUCCCUCUUUUUGACUUCCGAGUGCCAGGAGUCACCUCGAUAUCUUGCGACACGCAUAAAUACGGAUUUGCACCAAAGGGUUCAUCGGUGAUAAUGUAUCGUAACCGAAAAUUGAGAAGCUCUCAAUACUAUUUGUCCACAGACUGGACUGGAGGAUUGUACGGUUCGCCCACACUAGCAGGUAGUAGACCAGGAGCCCUUGUGGUUGGUUGUUGGGCAACCAUGAUUCAUAUAGGUGAUGAUGGAUACACAACAUCAUGCCGGGAAAUAAUAUCCACUGCACGUGACUUGAAAAAGCACAUUCAAGACAAUAUUCCGGAGCUGAAAAUAAUUGGCGAUCCACUAUGCUCUGUUGUUUCAUUUACAUCCGACAAAAUAGAUGUCUAUGAGCUAUCUGACCGGUUAUCGAAAAAGGGGUGGCAUUUGAGUGCGCUUCAAAAACCUGCUGCUCUUCAUUUAGCGGCCACGUCGCUUACAAAGUACGCUAUUGACGAGUUGAAGGAAAGUCUAUCACAAAUUGUCAAAGAUAUGUGUUCAGAUCCAAAUGCUAGACCUUCAACAGAGGGAACAAGUGCAUUAUACGGUGUUGCUGGUAGUGUGAAAACCAAAGGUGUUGUCGACAGGCUGUUAGUCGGAUUUCUGGACACUUUGUAUAAAGUCAAACCAGAUAAUCAUUAA